UAUUUCAUUUUCACCCUCUACGAAAAAUUUCCUCCUACAAAGUGUUGAAAAAGAAAAGUUCCCGUCGCCCAUUCAGAUCAACAGCCGAAAACCUAGGGUUCCGGUGAAGGUGAAACCAUGUGGAGACGAGCCUCUGCUAAGAUCUUAGCACUCCGAUCUGUUGCCAGGCCUAAUCGUAUCGUUACCUCUUCACUAUCGCCGGCGACUCUUCGGCCAUCCGCCACUGUUGUCGCUCGUCACUAUUCAGGAAGCGUUUCUAAGAAAGUCGAAGAUGUGAUGCCUAUUGCGACUGGUCACGAGCGUGAGGAGCUUGAAGCCGAGCUUGAGGGACGGGAUAUUCUUGAUAUCAAUUUUCCUGAAGGUCCAUUCGGUACCAAGGAAGCUCCUGCUAUUGUGAAAUCUUACUAUGACCAAAGAAUUGUUGGUUGCCCUGGUGCAGAAGGGGAGGAUGAGCAUGAUGUUGUUUGGUUUUGGCUAAAGAAAGGAGAAACACAUGAAUGCCCAGUCUGCUCACAAUAUUUCAAGUUGGAAGUAGUGGGCCCAGGAGGACUUCCAGAUGGACUAGACGAGGAUGAACAUCAUCAUCACUGAUUGAAAUUUCCAACUUUAAAAAAAAAAUGCCGGAAUAAAAAUCUGGUGAGAUUACUACUGCAGCAUCAGGAUUUAACAGGUCCUGUCUUUUCUUUUGUUUUGUUAUGUUAUGUUUGUUUCAUAUUAAUUUACUUUUAAACGUGUUGGUUUUUGGUCGAGAAUCAGAGCAUGCAUACAAUUUGAUUUUUCUUUGUGGAUUUUGGGGCAUGCUUUCUUCAUUUGAAUUGUGAAUGCCAUUGCUUGAAUGCAUUGAAAUAAUUAAUGGCUUAAAGCUUAGGCUCUUAGAGAUUCA